GUAUAUUGAUCUUCAUAAACUGUGCUUAUGUGAAGUGGGGGACUCUGGUCCAGGACAUCUUCACGUAUGCAAAACUCAUGGCUCUAUUCCUCAUCAUCAUUGUUGGAAUCCUGAAAAUGGCAGCAGGAGACAUAAAUAGUUUUGAGAGUCCAUUCGAAGGGUCAUCGACGGAGCCUGGAGCCAUAGCUCUGGCUCUCUACUCCGCUCUGUUCUCCUACUCAGGCUGGGAUACGCUCAACUUCGUCACAGAGGAAAUUAAGAACCCUGAGAGCUGUACUUUUGGAAAUGCAGUACUUGGUCCGUUUCACUGGAUCGUCCCCGUGUCCGUGGCCAUGUCCUGCUAUGGAGGACUCAACGCUUCUGUCAUUGCUGCUUCACGGCUGUUCUUUGUUGGAGCUAGGGAGGGCCACCUCCCCGACAGUCUGAGCCUGAUCCACCUGAAGCGGUACACACCAGUACCUGCUCUGCUCUUCAAUGGACUCAUGGGUUUGAUCUUCCUGUGUGUGGAGGACGUGUUCCAGCUUAUUAACUACUUCAGCUUCAGUUACUGGCUCUAUGUUGGUCUCUCUGUUGCUGGCCUCAUCUACCUGCGCAUCAACCAGCCGGACAGGCACAGACCAGUCAAGCUCAGCUUGUUCUUCCCCAUCGUCUACUGCAUGUGCAGCCUCUUCCUGGUCAUCGUCCCUCUGUAUGGAGACACCAUCAACUCUCUCAUAGGGAUCAGCAUUGCUCUGUCUGGAGUGCCGGUUUAUUAUGUCACCAUUUAUCUACCGGAGGACAGGAAGCCCCGAUUCAUACGCAAACUCAACGGGUGGACUUCGCCUCUCACCCAUAGACAGCUGGAGAUGGACAGCAGCGCCCCUCGCCACCCCAGCAGGUGA